AUGGAUCGCCUCAAACAGCAGGAGCGCACAGUGCUAGAGGAGGAAGAACGCGCGGAGGAGUACUUUGUGGCCGCGAAAGAAGCGCUGGAGAAGGCGGAGAGGUGGAAGGAACGGGUUGCCGGACAAGCAGAAAGGAACCUCGAGUUGAUAUUUCAAAGGCGCAGAAGUCUGGAGCUCGCAACGAGUGCCGAAGAUCCUGCGAAUAUAUCCUUGAAGGAACGCGCACGUAAAGACAAUCGCAAAGGCAUGGCCAGGCCGAUCAAUGUAAUGAGUGCACUCAGGGGCGGGCAAACAUCCCGAAUGUUCGAUACACGCGAUAUGCUUCCUGCGAAGGCUAGGGAACGCAACAAGGCAGACAGCGUUGCAAGCGUUGACACAGAAUCGUUGGAGUCUAUCGAUGGGAACGAUGAACGCGAGAAACAGACAUCGGUCAACCCUGACGACGGCCAAGCUGAAGCUACGGACAUGGUCAGCCCACAGAUCUUAAGAGCCAGGUCCGAAUCGCUGCUCAGUGAAAUUGCGGUCUUCCGGCCCAGCACUCCCACCGAAGUCGAAAAACGGGAUAACAAGGAUGCCACCAUACCAGCACCCAGCGUUGGUGCACCGUCUGUACUCGACGAGAAUGAGGCGUUUCCACCGUCGAUUGAAGCGGAAUCCGCGGAUGAUAAUUCGGACAGCCAAAGUGAAAUGGACCCACCUUCAAAUAGAAGAGAUGCUUCUCUCGAAUCAACAUGGGCAACAUCAGAAGGCGAAGGGCUCUUCGUGAGCGAGGCUAGAAGGCCGAGAGUAGUCUUAGCGGAAGGCACCAUUGUUGGCCAUGGUAAGGAGACCUCACUGCCGACUCCACGGUCCCAGUCGCCAGUUCUGAAGGUCCAGCCAGGUCCAGUAAAACGACCAUCCGGAAAGCCUCAUACGCCGGGACGAAAGCGUAAGCGCAAUGUCGAAGAUACUUCGUCAUUACCACCACCACCAACACCAACACCACGACCGAAGAAGAAGAGAAAGGCCAAUCAGACAAAGGCUAGCAAAUGGCCAAGAUGA